AGGUCCGACACAAUUGUAGUCACUAGUAGUAGUGCAAUGCUACUAUUGCCUUCUUUGGUUUUCUGAACUUCACUCUGUAGGCAAGAAUCGAUGUGGCUGUUUAGCAGGAAAGGACCCUCUGGGUUCUCAGCUACUUCAACAGCAGAUGAGGUUACCCAAGGAAUAGAUGGAACUGGUCUCACUGCCAUUGUUACUGGAGCGUCAAGUGGUAUUGGAGCUGAGACUGCACGUGUUCUUGCGUUGCGUGGAGUACAUGUUAUUAUGGCAGUUAGGAAUACUGCCUCCGGGAAUAAUGUCAAAGGAACAUUCGUUGAGGAUCUCCCUACUGCUAAAGUGGAUGUCAUGGAGUUAGAUCUCUGCUCAAUGGCAUCAAUUAGGAAAUUUGCAUCAGAUUUCACUUCCAUGAGUCUUCCACUGAACAUACUUGUUAACAAUGCAGGGGUUAUGGCAACUCCAUUCAUGCUUUCCCAGGAUAAUAUAGAACUGCAGUUUGCAACGAACCACGUAGGUCAUUUUCUUUUGACAAAUCUUUUGUUGGAAACUAUGAAGAGUACAGUACAUGAAAGUAAGAUUGAGGGAAGGAUUGUUAAUGUUUCAUCAAAUGCUCAUUUGGUUCCUUAUAGUGGAGGAAUUCGUUUUGAUAGAAUCAAUGACAAAUCAGGAUUGUCAUUAUACUUACUGAUUUGCAGGUAUAACAGUAUACUUGCAUAUGGCCAAUCAAAACUUGCAAACAUAUUGCAUGCUACUGAACUUAAUAGGCGUCUAAAGGAAGAGGGGGUUGCUAUAACUGCAAAUUCAGUUCAUCCAGGCGCCAUUGCAACCAAUAUUCUUCGUUACCAUGGCUUUUUGAAUGGCAUUGUAAAUUUGACCAUCAAAUAUUUAGUUAAGAAUAUUAAGCAGGGGGCAGCACCCAUCUGCUACGUGGCAUUACAUCCACAAGUCAAGGGGGUGGGUGGCAAGUACUUUGUAGACAGUAACCUAGCCGAACCGUCCUCACAUGCUAUAGACAUGGAGUUGGCAAAGAAAUUAUGGAAUUUCAGCAUGACUUUAACAAAUUGAUAGACCUAUAUCUUGUUGAUAUUUUCUCUACCUUUGGUUAAAUUAAAGAAGAUCAUAUACUUUAGGGUAAAUGUGGAUGGCACUUCAAAUUAGAAGGUUUGUAAGUACUUUGUAAAAUUGAAAAGCUGUUCUUUCCUGUCUUUCAUUGUUAUGAGAGUAUUGAACACAUGGGUUUGUUUAAGCUCUACUUUGUUAUAUGGAGAAUCUUCUUUGUUCUCUUUGGAAUAAUCCCCACUUUGAAAAUUUAUUAGAA